UCUCAGCGUGCGAAGUGGUUGACGCGAAUCCGGUUCCCAGUGUUAUCAUGCAGUUCACAUACAUCCUACUUCUGUGCGCGUUGGCGGCGGUCUACGCUGAGGAGGACAAAAGGCCUGAGGUGUCCGAUGGAGCCCUGGACGAAGCCCUAAACGACAAGAGGUUCAUCUUGAGACAGCUCAAGUGCGCCCUGGGCGAAGGACCCUGCGACCCUAUAGGGAAACGGUUGAAAACUCUCGCACCCCUCGUGCUACGCGGUGCCUGCCCCCAGUGCACACCACAAGAAACGAAACAAAUACAAAGGACAUUGUCAUACGUACAGAGAAACUACCCACAGCAAUGGGCAAAGAUCGUCCGGCAGUAUUCUGGUUAAAUUUUAGUCUAUAAGUUAUUUAAAUAUUAUUAAAAUGUUAAAAAACUGA